AGAUGAUAGCAGCCGAAGGGGAAGCGAAGGCGUCUGAGGCUUUAAAGGAGGCGGCGUCCAAUCUCCGUCUCGUGGCGCUCCACCUGAGAUACCUGCAGCCUCAGCCUCAAGCAGCACCAAUGUCCUGGUCGUCUUGCUACCUACAGAACUAAUGGACACCAUCGGCAACAGCAGUACUGUUAAGGAACCACAAGUGUAAAAUAAUCUAUAUGUUUGGUUGUUUUUUUUUUAAACUAACCUGAGUGCCUUUUAUUUUAAAAGAGCCAGAAGCUGCUGCAGACUGUCAAUCAUCUGCAGAUCAAUUAAGUUUCCAUUCAAAAUAAGAUCAGACCCACGUCUCAUGUUCUAAUCUCCUAUCUUUGCCAAGUCAUGUGACUGACGUUUGUGUAUGUGACGUGGGGUUGCUUCAACUAAUAAGCUCUUUGGCAGCCAGAACAUUGUGACCUUUUCCCUGAUCCGUUAUCUGGCUGUCCACAAGUUCUGGACCUCAAGUCCUCAAGAUGGUGAAGACUUGAGAGUGUCCCAGUGUGUUGACUUCACGCGGAUCUCACAAUGCCAGCAGCUUUGAAGUACUCCCAGCAUGCAGCAAGCUAAAUUAUAUGUGUCGGUGCCGAUUCUAGAGGGCAGGGCCGCCUUUGGAAGCUAUUAAUAACCCUCACAGUCACUAAUCUGGGAUGGAAAUCAUUGCGGGACCACCAGGCGAGUUCUCCCUUUACUUCGCGGACAUCUUUUGUGGACCACAAGGACCCUUAGUUUGAUAGGCCUAAACCAAACCCGAAAAAAACGCCUCAUGUCGUACCUCCAGCUACCAGCAGAGGCAUGCUUGGACAUGGUGUUACUGGUGUGCAAAAUAAGCCAUAUGAUUAGCCGACUCCUACUCUUACUUUUAGCUCCUCCCACAAGGAGCCUUCCCUGCCUUCUUAACCAACAGGCUCAGCCCGAUCUUCCCAGGAACGCCGCUCGCUGUCAUUCCCUGAGAAACUCGGAAGGAUGCUGUCCUGCAGACACCUGGGUCUGCUGGGAGUCCUCGUGCUCUGCCAAGGCUGGGAGGAAUCGGGUGCUGAUGAUCCCUGCGACAACUUCACCGACCUGAACCUGUCCCACUGCUUCAUGGGCACCAGCCUGUACGUGCGCCUGCUCCUCUACACGCGCUCCAACCUGGACUGCGGCCGCGAACUCCAUCACCACCUCUUCCCUUCGCAGCCGCUCUUCAACCUCUCCCGUCCCACCGCCUUCAUCGUCCACGGCUACCGCCCCACUGGGGCGCCGCCAAUCUGGAUCGACCACCUCGUGCGCCUGCUGGCAAAGCAGGAGGACAUGAACGUGAUUGUGGUGGACUGGAACCGGGGGGCCGCUAAUCUCAACUACAUCACCGCCGUUAGCUACACCAGGGAGGCGGCCUACAACCUGACAGGGUUCAUCUUGAGCAUGCAGGAGGAAGGAGCCUCGUUGAGCUCACUUCAUCUCAUUGGGGUCAGUUUGGGGGCUCACCUGGCUGGGUAUGUGGGCGCCAACCUAAAGGGAAAGCUUGGACGCAUCACAGGUUUGGACCCAGCGGGGCCCCUCUUCACUAGCGCCACUCCAGACGACAGACUGGACCCGUCGGACGCCAUGUUUGUUGACGUGCUGCAUACAGACAUGGAUUCUUUUGGCCUGCGAGGUGCUCACGGUCACAUUGACUUCUACGCCAACGGGGGUGCGGACCAACCAGGGUGCCCCAAAACCAUAUUUGCCGGAAAGUCUUAUUUCGUGUGUGACCACCAGCGGUCAAUGUUUUUGUACUUGUGCGCGCUCAACCGAACCUGCAGCCUUACCGCCUACCCGUGCUCCUCCUAUGCCGACUUCCUGGAUGGGCGGUGCAUGCAGUGUGAGGCCUUUAAGCCCGCCCCUUGCCCCCAACUUGGUUACGACGUCAGCCAAUGGCGUGAAAGCCUCCUGCGUUUGGGGCAGACCAAAGUGUUCUUCAGCACCACAGCGACCCUCCCCUAUAGAAAACUCAACUACAGGGUGGACAUGGUGACGUGGAACCAGUACCUCCGCUGGGGUGUGGUCUACAUCCGCCUGCACAGUGGCAGGACCAUCACUGAGGCCCGGAUAGACCACAAACUCUUGCGCUUCGAGCAGUUCACGUCCACGCGUCUCCUGGCCCAGUUCGAUGAGGACCUGCCGCACGUGCAGAAGAUCUCCCUACGCAUCAACACCGGCAAUGUGAUCGGCCCACGCUACAAAAUCAGACUGCUGCGGAUACGACUGACGGCGCUGGAACGACCUGAAAGGCCGCUGAUGUGCCGCUUUGAUAUCAUCAUGGAGGAGAACACGGAAGUGGCAUUCAGGCCGUUGUCGUGCGAUUCCCACCUUUAACUGCCGCCUUCUCACCCUUCAUAAGAGACCUCUGUGAAUACAGGAAGUCACAUUGCAUGGUGGAUAUGUCGGUGGACCGAAAGAACGGCUAUGUUUCAAUUCGCACACCUCCACACUUCACUUCAUUUCAUUUGAUGGUGGUUCGGGCUCACCAUUUAACAUCCGGGUACUGAAGUGUGGAAGUGUGCAGACUGAAACACAGCUAAAGACGUUUUACCUCAUGAAGACUCAUAGAAACCAACUUCUUGCCAACUAGGCUGCAUUUUACACUAAGGUUUUUAUUUUGUAUCACGUUUUCCAGAUUCUAUUUUGCUGUUUUUUUACUUUGUUUGUGCCUUUAGUCAUUACUUCCUGUGUGUUACGACGUAGCGUGUGUGUUGGAGGCGGAGUCAAGCUCUCCAACUGUAUCAUUUAUACCGUUUACAAACGCCACACAAAAGCUGGGGUGAUUUUUUUUUUCAUUUAUUCCUAUAACUUUUAAAUGUGUCAGAUCUAAAUAAACUAGAUCUGCUACCAGCUAACGAUUUCAGCGUUGAAAUGUGUCGAAACAAAGGAGAGCGAAAAGAUACGACAAGGAAGGGAAAGACAUACAAACAAAGACAGGAGGGUGAAGCAGACAAAAUGUGAUGACAGCCACUUGUUGGCACCUUCUUGAGCGGGUCGGCAGACGGCGUUCCGAGCCAACGGUGGGUUGGCCAUCACCAGUUGGGACCUGUGGGUGGCGGCGACGGCGGCGACACACACACAAAGCAGAAGGAAGGGAAAAAGACAUUCAGGUUAAGUCAAAGAGGCGGCGACUAAUGCGGAUCAGCCCUCAAACACAACAGUGGAGGAGUUUUUUUUUUUUUUUUUGCCUUGUGGGCAGUGACGAGCGAGCGCAGGAAAUGGGAUUGGACGAGCUCCACGGUGCAGGGAAACAGUCACUAGGUCAAAGGUCAAGGGCUCUACUGAGGCUGUUACACAACCGAGAGGCAGAAAAAGAUUUCUAAAAGCGACUCACUGAGCCUCACCAGGUUGAGGGUCAAGGUAGAACUAAUUCAGGACCAACCGUCUUACCACUAAGCAGCCACUAGAGGGCAGUAGCCAAUGUUUUAACUCCAUUCAAGAGCACACAUCAUGGAUACUUCAAAUGCACCUAGUGCCAUAUUGCUAAAUUAAAGAAACACUACAUCAGGGGGUUGCCUACAGCCACAUUGUUUUCAUUUUUCCUAUGCUAAUUAGAUUUUAUUGGAUACAAACGUUUUAAUUGGAGUCUUUAUGUUUUUGGUGAGUUAGUUAUCUAGUUAGUGUGGACUAUUCAAGUAUUAAGUCACCUGCGUUGCUGUACUGGUUCUGGCCCCUCAUGGGUUGACGGUUCAUGUACCUUUGUGGCGGGCCGGCGUUCAUUCUGUGAGGAGCUCCUCCUCUCCUGGAACCCUACAGACAGAAGGUCAAAGUUUGGCGGCCCACGUGCCUCAUGAAAGGUCAAGCCAGCUUUCAGACUCACCAUGUUGAGCUCCCAACCCUGCACUUCCGGAAUCAUCACAUCAUCGCCGCCGAACUUCACCGUGCUUAGCGCGCCUCUCUGGCCGCUUCCCGGUAUGGUGAUAGUCACGCCAUCGAGACGCUGCUGUCGCCGCCGCUCCAGAUCGUGCCUCAGGUCGCCCGGUCCAUGCGUGGGCUGCUGUAGGCAAACGUGGCGACAUGAUGUCUACACAAGUCUGGUGGUGUCAGAGAAGGCAGGGCACGUUUGCUUACGUGGGGGAAGAGGUCGUCUUGAGGCUCUGCAGGCACGUUGGCGUUGAAGCUGCAGAGAGAGGCCACAGACUCAAGUCAAAAGUGGACGAUAAAAACAGAAUUCCGACAUCACGGCGGGUGGCGUACUGGUUGGACGAAAACCUCUGGUCCAAAGUCAUCCCCACACUCUCUUCUUCACUGUGGCUGCUUUUUUGGGGAGCGGAGAAGCGUUUGUUCAGCGUUAUGCCUUCGCCUUUAAAGUAGAGCUCUGCAGGAGACAAAGUACAUUGGAACUUCCACUUACGCAUACAAAUUUACGCCAUGCGAGACACGCUGACCUUUGACAUGGUGAACCAGUGUGAUGAUUUCCUGUGCAAAUGUUCCAGUGUGCACGGUGCCUUCCUGGGUGCUCCCGGACGGCUCUGCUGAGGAGGGCAAGAAGUCCAGACGCUGGCGGCCCACGUUGACCAGGUCUAGAGAGAGCUGGCGAUCUGCAGAAUAAGACAGCGUGCUGCUGCAAAGGGGGAGGGAAGGUCGAGAUGGAAGCGGAAGAUUUAGGGACGGAGAUAAGGAGAAAGAUGUGAGGAAUGAUGAGAUGGGGGAGGCAUGGGGGCGUGGCCAAACUUAUUUAGCACACUGCAAGGAAAGGAUUUUGAUGUUCGUUCACCGGGUUGU